CAGACGACGACGAAGCGCGACUCCAGAACGCAUCCAAAGCCUACGCUGUCGCCAUGGUUCGCAAUGGAAGUCCGUCACCGGCGGACAACUUUUCGCUAGGCCAUUCAGCGACAUCCCCUCAACCGCAACCCUCGAAGCGCGAUAAACGGCGCAACAUGCUCGCGGAGAAGCUUGCGGAAAUGAUGGCAUCCUUUUCUGACAACAGGGACAGCCAUUAUCGCGCUCAGCUUGCUGCGCUACAAGCCGACAUCAACCUGAUUAUGAAGGCGGAUCCUUAUGCGAAUCAGCCGCUCGAGGAUAACGGCGAAGAGGCGGCGGAGCUCAUCUCCCAGAUUAUGGGCAACAACGUGCCUUCUGCCCUAAGUGCUGGUACCGAUUACAUUGCGCAAUGCGGAAAGCACUACUCGCGCUUCGUGGACGCUGUGAACGAUGCGAUGGAGGAACGGGAUUACAACCUCACCAUGCUCUGGAACAAACACGAGAACACGAAGAACGAAAUCGAAAACUCGCACUACUACAAAGUCCAAAUCGCCGAGGAAGAGCACAAGCUGCUGGCCGCGACCAUCCGCGAACGUCUUGUCGCAAGCAUACAACAGCGAACAAACCGACUGAAGCGGGAAAAGGAGCAGCUUGAUUUGUCUGACAGCAACGCCAUGCUCCUCCAUCCAAACCAAUUCAGCAUUGGAAACCCUGCCAGCCCCGGAGGUCCGCAAGCGCCACGGAAAACAAGGAGGACAGGGCACAAGUUUGGGGAUGCGGAAGAGCUUGCUGCGGCCAACGAACACAAGCGCAAGCGAAAGCUAUUCGAAGACCAGGACAACGAUUCUCCCGGGGCAUCUGGUCGAGUUGAAAUGGGGGUUGGGUCUCCGUUCCGCGAGGCCAAGGCGCGUACUGUCAAUGCCCAGUUCGAGUCAUCUGCCUACUCUCUGGAGCGCUUGUUCACUGAAAAGGAGCUCAACAUGGCUAUGAACCAGGCUACAACAGCCGCGUCUCACUUUUUCGCGAAGAUGAAAAACACCGAAGCCACACCGCAAGAAGCAGCCACCAACGGUAACACCAACGGCACCAACGGCGAGCAUGCUUCUGAAAACGGCGAUGCCAUGGAUCAAGACCAAGAUUCAGACGAAGUACCGGGUGCAACUGACAUGGCGCGCCAGCAUUCGUCGAACCCACACGCCACGCGCGGUGCUACACGCUCUGCGCUCAAUCCCACAGCCGCCAUUGUGAGUGGGCAAAUACCGCCAUUCAUCUACAACCCGCCUUUUGUUCUGGAUGCAAAGAUUUUCCAAAAGAUCAACGCGUCGGCACCACCCCCGCCCUCGCUCUCGGCACAUGAUGUUGAACAGGAUUUGAAGCUCAUGCUACGGGAAGCACGACCAGACGAUGAUCUCAACGAGAAACUCUUGCAGGCCGCAUGCCACCCUGUUAAAGCACGGGAUUACCAGGUCCAGCCCCCGAAUUUUUCGGAGCCAGUCAACGAAAUGACGAGUGCCCUUCGAAGUACCGCACCACAUCUGGAGGUAGGCACAGGCUUGGGCGGCGUGCCUAUGAGCGCGCAGAGCAGUGCUGCAGGAUGGUCAGAAGGAGGCGGAAACACGCCGAUAGGACGGAAUGGAGAGGCAGGUGGCCAUGUUGGUGGUGUUGCGAUGGCACGGACGGCCAGCGGCAGUGGAAGGGGGCGUGGGCGAGGACGGGGAGGUGGUUAGGCCUCAUCUCGGUCCUCGACAUGCUGCUCUGCUUGGACCAUCAUUGGCUGUCGGUCUCAUAUUAUACCCAUGUUGGCGUUUGGGCAAUCAGCAUCUGCGGCGUUGGGCUGCUGGAUAUUGCAUACAUGUGUCGAUUUUUUGCUGGGUUCUUUGUCAUCGUAUGUGCUUCGGAGAUGCUAGAAGCGGGAGACUCGUGGCGAUGAGGCAACGCCCG